GCGAAUGCCCCCCUCCCCGUCGCGCGUGCACCGUGGACCGGCUGCUGAAUCCAGCGUUUGGAGCUCCGGAGAAGUUUGACCGGGGGUCAGGGGGCGGCUUUAUUACCGCGAGUUUCAUUCGGAUCCAGAGGUUUUUCCCCCCUCGUAUAAACGGAUAACACAGAGAGAGGGAAAAAAGAGAAGAAGAACAAAAAGAGAAUAUAUAUUUGCAGUUUCAGCCCCCCCCCCACGCGCGCGCGCCAAUGGAGCCAGCGCGAGACGCUGCCCCGGAUUCGUGGGAGCAGGAGGAUGAAGGCAGCGAGGCCCCGCUCGGCGACUCGUUCAGCGCCCUCAACGUCAACGCCAAGCCCUUCGUCCCGAACGUCAACGCGGCGGAGUUUUUCCCCGGAUACAUCGUGAAAGCGCCGGGGAAAACCAUCGCCACCGGUGCCGAUCCGGAGAAGGAUGACCAUAUCGAGGUCUCGGAACUGGCUGCAGCUCGACCCGUGGAGAACGGCUCCGGGGUGGAUGGAGUGACAGCAGCCGAGGAAGAGAGCUGGGAGCAGAAAGGGGGAGAGGAAGACUCGCCUCAGGAGGAGGGAAUGGAGGAGGACGAAGAAGCGCCAAUGCCGAAAGUGACUCCCGUUCAGCCGAACGCUCCCAAGAGAGAGCACGUCAACGUGGUCUUCAUCGGCCACGUAGAUGCCGGCAAAUCGACCAUCGGCGGACAGAUCAUGUAUCUAACAGGCAUGGUGGAGAAACGGACUCUGGAGAAAUACGAAAGAGAGGCCAAGGAGAAGAACAGGGAAACUUGGUACCUCUCUUGGGCCCUUGAUACAAAUCAGGAGGAGAGAGAUAAGGGUAAAACCGUGGAGGUGGGCCGUGCUUAUUUUGAGACUGAGAAGAAGCACUUCACCAUCCUGGAUGCGCCUGGACACAAGAGCUUCGUUCCUAACAUGAUCGGAGGGGCGUCGCAAGCUGAUUUAGCCGUUCUGGUGAUUUCGGCGCGUAAAGGCGAGUUCGAGACGGGGUUCGAGAAAGGAGGCCAGACGCGAGAGCACGCCAUGCUGGCCAAAACGGCGGGAGUCAAACACCUGAUCGUCCUCGUGAACAAAAUGGAUGAUCCCACUGUGAACUGGAGCUUGGAGAGAUACGAGGAGUGUAAGGAGAAACUGGUGCCAUUUUUGAAGAAGGUGGGAUUCAAUCCCAGAAAAGACAUUCAUUUCAUGCCAUGUUCAGGACUGACAGGGGCCAACCUGAAAGAACCAGUGGAGCACUGCUCCUGGUACACAGGAUUACCGUUCAUUCCACACCUGGACAGUUUGCCACAUUUCAGCAGAUCCAGCGACGGACCAGUCAGGUUACCGAUUGUAGAUAAAUACAAGGACAUGGGCACUGUGAUUUUGGGCAAGUUGGAGUCCGGGUGCAUCAGCAAAGCACAGCAACUUGUGAUGAUGCCCAACAGGCACACUGUGGAGGUGCUGAGCCUGCUUUCAGAUGACGUCGAGACGGACGACGCAGGACCCGGAGAAAACCUGAAGCUUCGACUCAAAGGUAUCGAGGAAGAAGAGAUCCUGCCCGGAUUCAUCCUGUGCACUCCGGAGAACCUCUGUCACUCGGGGCGCACCUUCGACGCUCAGAUCGUUAUCAUUGAACACAAGUCCAUCAUCUGCCCAGGUUACAAUGCAGUCCUGCACAUUCACACCUGCAUUGAGGAAGUCCAGAUUACGGCCUUAAUUUGUUUGGUGGACAAAAAGACGGGUGAGAAGAGCAAGACACGACCUCGCUUCGUCAAACAGGACCAAGUUUGCAUCGCUCGCCUUCGAACCGCUGGGACCAUCUGCCUCGAGACAUUCAAAGACUUCCCCCAGAUGGGCCGGUUCACCCUGAGGGACGAAGGAAAGACCAUUGCCAUUGGGAAAGUGUUGAAGCUUGUUGCUGAGAAAGACUGAAAACCUCCGUGUGCGAGAGAGCGUGCGUGCGUGUGUAUGCGCGUGUGCGAGUGUGUGUGUGUAUGUCGUGGAGAACCCGAACACGGACGAGAGAGGCGUGUGCGUCGCUGCAGGAGCAACACGUUUCCGAGCCUCCCCCGCCCUCCUGAGGAACCAUCUCACGAAAACAUCUUCUUUCACAAGAAAUACGUUUGUAAGCAAAGAACAGAAAUCGAGUUCACACGUUGUCAGCUUUCUCAUAUUGAGAGCUCAGCAGUGCCAUUUAUUUUCCGUCUCCCGGCAGCAGACUCGCAGACGACGAUCGCGUGUGUUAUAUAUACCUUUUUUUUUUUUUUUCCCAAAACCAGAGGAACACGGUGUACAGCGAAGACGCCAUUAUGAAAAAUAAAUGUGGACCAGAGUUCGCUUGUGUAACUGUAACCAGUCAAAAAAGCCGGAAAUGUGAUUUGGUGUCUCGGUCGUAUCGUCUCCCUUCACUUCCACGCACACGAACACAUGCGCAUACAUACGCCUCGGGUUUCCUCUUGUAGCGUUCUUGCAGAGCGCUCGAGCGUGCUUACAUGUUAUUAAAGCAAAACUUCUAUGACAAAACUAUUAAAUUGGGGGAAAUUGUACGAUUCUAA